CAGAAGUGCUCUGCACGGCGAACGGGGAAUAUGAAAAACGCACCACUGGCGAUGCAGGCAGGAGCAGCGUAUUUCAUUUUGUUUUAUUUUUCUCAUUUCGGCAUGGCGACUGACUCUGUAUCGAUGACAUGUAAAGGACUCCAAGCUUAUCUACCUCCAGAGGAGUGGUUAGAACACCAUGAAAGUACCCCUUCAGAUAUUUAUGAUCUCAAAGCUCAGCUAUAUAUGUCUGAAGAAACUCAGCUCCCAGUACUUAAUAUCACCUGGCUCCUUAGUCCAGAUGGAAGCAUUCAAAAACUUAAAGCAACAGUGAUAUGCAUUCAAAAUACAGAAAGGUUCUGUUUUCAAUGUAAUUAUAAUGCAACAUUCAAAAGUCCAUGGAAUCCCCAAAAGCAACUGUGGCAGUUUCAUUACACGGAUUAUCCUGUUGAUCCAGCAACCUCCUACACUGUGACAGCUUUCAACAUCCCAACAUCAAAUAUUAACGAAUAUGCACCUGAGACAUCUGCAAAUAUUGAAACACCAGGUUGUGAUCAUGACACAAUGAAAAAUCAUGCAAAAUGUGAAGAUGUCCUCUGGAAGCCAAACAUAUCUGCGUGUCUGGUCAAUAAUGAUGUGGUGAUCAAUUUUACCACCAGUGCCACUUCAUCAAUGUAUUAUGUUGAUCUGUCUAGGUGCAAUGUACCUUCGUCACCAAACCUUAAUGAAACCACUAUUUUUCAGUCAAAUGGAUCAAGAAUUUCUAUUACAUUUGUGAGGAAUGAUGUACUGGAUCUUUCUGAGAAAUUUUGUGUAAGAAUAGAGCCAUACUUCUACGAAUGUCACUAUUUUUGUAAGAGACAUCAAGUGGUGCUUCAACAUUGCAAAAGGGAUGAAGGCACAAUCGCAACCCCAUCUACUGAAGCAUUAGUAUUUGAAGACAAACUAAGCUUUGGAUAUUUCAUCAUAAUUGGAUUGUGUGCGAUCCUUUCUGUUUUGGGAGUUGGGCUGUUCUUAAAAAAUAAGCUAAGCAAAGCCAAUGAGAGAAACUCGCCCACCAACGAUACAGAGCCACUACAACCAGUUAAAGUCCUAAUCAUUUAUUCAGUGGACAACGAACUGUUUCAAAAUGUUAUCUUGGCUUUUGCUGAUUUCUUGCACAGUUUCAAUGGAAUCCAGGUAAUCAUUGAUGUGUGGCAAAGAAGAAACAUUGCUGAAAUGGGCCCUGCUCAGUGGCUUGCCUCCCAGAAGGAAAAAGCUGAUAAAAUCAUUAUUGUGACCUCAAAAAGUGCUAAAAUGAAAUGGGAUGCCAUUUAUUAUAAAACAAGCAUUGAUCAAAAAUUGAGUUUUUCAGAGGACAUGUAUUCUAUUGCCUUAAAUUUAUUUUGUAGUGAUAUGCAAAAUUACUCACAUCUGCAUAAGUACUGCAUUGUCUAUUUUGAUACAAUAUGCUCAGCCAAAGAUAUACCUAGUAUUUACAGUCCAUGUGUGAAAUACUGCCUUGGAAAAGACAUAAAUAAGCUUUUCAAAAAUCUGCGUAAUUCCUCACAUAAAGUACAUAGUAAAUAUUCUACUCUGGGGCCGUAUUCUAAUUAUAACAUUUUAUUUAAUCACAAGAUGAAAAAUGUUAUUUUGAAAUUAAAAGACUGGCAGAAUAUCCAACCUACUUCAAAUAUACUUGUGAAGGCAGUGGAGGAUUUUGAAUUGCAAAGUGCAGAAAAUUUACAGAUUGAUGUUGAAACCCCCUGUCCUUAGUUGUAAAUAUUGAUAAUAUACAUACCAGAAAAAUCCUUGGUCUCUGCUGAAGUCACCAAUUUCAACCAGUCAUUUUGUUAACUCAUGGACCUUAGAUUGGGAAUGGAAAAUUAUCUUUACUUCAUGCUGUUAAUUAAGCACCUAACAUGGGGAUUACAUUUAUGUAAACAGCAAGUGAGGAUUAGUUCAGGCUUUGGAUGUUUUGCCAACACCACCAACCCCCAUAGCUCCUCACCACCAUAGCCCAGUCAAAUACUUUGCUGACUCACUCUUGGAUUUGAGAAAUUGUUUGGAAAUGAGGGAGACUUUCCUAGUCUUUACUUCUCACUUACUUGUAAGAUCAAGACAUUGCAUAUUGAUUGGACUGAUCAAACUGACAAGGGUACCAGGAAAAAGGAGUUUGUGGAGAGCAUUAGGGACUAUUUCUUUUAAAAAAAUUGUUACAGACCCUACCCAGGAACAAGUUAUUUUAGAUUUGGCCACAUGUAAUGAAAUAGGAUUAAUAAGAGAUAUUUUAGUGAUCACAACAUGGUAGAAUUCCAGAUACAGUUUAAGGGUGAACACCUCCGGUCUAGAAGCAGUAUCCUUAACGAGGGCAAUUUCAAAGGAAGAGUUGUCUUAAGUGGACUGAGAAAAUAGACUA